UAUAUGAACCGUUUCAUCAAAGCCGAAAAGAAAAACACCCAAGCCAGCAUGGAAAAAGGUCCAAACCGUAGCAAAACCACGUCGGAGAAGACGCUAUUUUGUACUUGCACACACACCCUAAACCCCGGAGACUGGCGGCUUUUAUCCGCUCCUCCCAAAGCAGCAAACAAAGACAGUGGGCAACUACUACUGGGAUCUGUUUCUAUAAAAGGCAGGACCACCCCUCGCUCCCCUUCCCACACACACACACACACACACACACUUUGUCAGCUUCCUCCCCUGCGAGUCUGCGACUGCCCGUGAGCGAACAGUGCGAGCAGUCCGAUCGAGCGAGCGAGCGAGGAUGCACGGCGCGGCGAGGAAGCUGCUGAUGUGGGGGAGCAGCCCGGUGGGGGCGGCGGGGUCGGACAGGCCCGACGACCACGACGUCGUGAUCGUGCUCGCCUCGCUGCUGUGCGCGCUCAUCACGGUCCUCGGCAUCGGCCUCGUGGCGCGGUGCGCGUGCGGCCGCGGCGGGCCCCGCGCGCGGGCGGCGGCGGCGGCCAACAGGGGCGUCAAGAAGUCGGUGCUCCGCAAGAUCCCCACCGUGCCGUACGUCGCGCCGGCACCCGCCUGCGCCGCAGGAGGAGGGGACGUGGAGUCAGGGGAGCCGGCGGCGGAGGCAGGGGAGGCGGAGGCGGCGGAGUGCGCCAUCUGCCUGGCGGAGUUCGAGGAGGGCGAGUCGAUGCGCGUGCUGCCCCAGUGCGGCCACGCCUUCCACGCCGCCUGCAUCGACAAGUGGCUGCGGGGCCACUCGUCCUGCCCUUCCUGCCGCCGGAUCCUGUCCCUCCAGCAGCUGCCGCCCGGCGAGCGGUGCCGCCGCUGCGGCGCGCGGCCCCAGGACGGGGACACUGCUGGGUGGAAGCCCACCUACUACAGCGCCAUGCCGCCGUUCCUGGCAUAGGCUGGGCGGCAGAGGAAUUGCUCCAAUCCGAAAGCGAAGCAAACCUUUCGGUUAAAUUCCAUCCUCGCCUCUUCUGGUUUCGUUUUACUGAUCGCAGUGGUAGAUUUCAGUAGUGCCUGCUGUCUGGUUGUGGUUGGUACUUGGUAGUGAGUUGCGUAGGCGUAGGCGUAGCAAUCUGGGAAUGAGGAAGUUGGGGGGGAUCAAUUCAUGGCCUCUCAAUUGGGGUGAUAGAGUGUUUGUUGCAGCUGAAACAGAAACACUGCAGCAUAGUAGUAGUUCCAGCUAUGUACAAUUUGUAAAUACUACUCUAGUAAUUAAUUAAUAUGCAUGCAAUGAGCUUUGGUGAGGA